AUGUUAUGCCUCGUAAUUCGUGAAGAAGAAUAUGAAGAUAAAUGCAUUCAUUUGGCUGUGAUGUACAGUGUAAUAUCUACCACCCAAGGUGCUCCGAUUCCUUAUAUUUUCUUUUUUAUUUCCUUUCCUUUCUUUCUUUCUUUCCCUUUUCUUCCUUUCUUUCUUUCAUUUUUUCUUUCUUUCAUUUUUCUUUCUUUCUUUCUUUCAUUCUUUCUUUCUUUCUUUCUUUUAUUUCGUUCCCUUUUCCUUUUAUUCUUUUUUCUUUCUUUCUCCCUUCCUUACUUUGCCUCCUUUCUUUCAUUUGUUUUUUUCUUUCUUUCUUCGUUUUUUUCUUUCUUUCUGUCUUUCCUUUUUCUUCCUUCUUUUCUUUCAUUUGUUUUUUCUUUCUUUUUUCUUUUUUCUUUCUUUCUUUUUUCUUUCUUUCUUUCAUUCUUUUUUCUUUCUUUCUUUCUUUCAUUCUUUCCAAUUGAUUCCUUAUAUUUCCUUUUUUAUUUCCUUUCCUUUCCUUUCUUUCUUUCUUUCUUUCCCUUUUCUUCCUUCCUUCCUUUCAUUCUUUCUUUCUUUCUUCCUUUUGUUUCUUUCCCUUUUCCUUCCAUUCUUUUUCUUUCUUUCUCCGUUCCUUACUUCGCCGUUUUUCUGUCUUUUUUAAAAGAUUCCUCAUUUUUUCCUAGUCCUUUCUUUCUUUCUUUCUUUCUUUCUUUUUUUCUUUCUUUCUUUCUUUCUUUCUUUCUUUCUUUUCUAAUAGAUUCCUUAUAUUUCCUUUUUUCUUUCCUUUCCUUUCUUUCUUUCCCUUUUCUUCCUUUCUUUCUUUCAUUUUUUCUUUCUUUCUUUCUUUCUUUCUUUCUUUCAUUCUUUCAUUCUUUCUUUCUUUUAUUUCUUUCCCUUUUCCUUUUAUUCCUUUUUCUUUUUUUCUCCCUUCCUUACUUCGCCGUUUUUCUUUCUUUUUUAAAAGAUUCCUCAUUUUUCCUAGUCCUUUCUUUCAUUUGUUUUUUUCUUUCUUUCUUCGUUUUUUUUCUUUCUUUCUUUCCGUUUUCUUCCUCCUUUUCUUUCAUUUGUUUUUUCUUUCUUUCUUUCAUUCUUUUUCUUUCUUUCUUUUUUUCUUUCUUUCUUUCUUUUCCAAUCGAUUCCUUAUAUGUCCUUUUUUCUUUCCUUUCCUUUCUUUCUUUCUUUCUUUCUUUCCCUUUUCUUCCUUUCUUUCUUUCAUUUUUUCUUUCUUUCUUUCUUUUAUUUCUUUCCUUUUUCCUUUCAUUCUAUUUUCUUUCUUUCUCCGUUCCUUACUUCGCCGUUUUUCUUUCUUUUUUAAAAGAUUCCUCAUUUUUCCUUGUCUUUUCUUUCAUUUGUUUUUUCUUUCUUUCUUUCUUUCUUUCUUUCCUUUUUCUUCCUUCUUUUCUUUCAUUUGUUUUUUCUUUCUUUCAUUCUUUUUUCUUUCUUUCUUUCUUUCUUUCUUUCAUUCUUUCCAAUCGAUUCCUUAUAUUUCCUUUUUUAUUUCCUUUCCUUUCCUUUCUUUCUUUCUUUCUUUCUUUCUUUCUUUCUUUCUUUCCCUUUUCUUCCUUCCUUCCUUUCAUUCUUUCUUUCUUCCUUCCUUUUAUUUCUUUCCCUUUUCCUUUCAUUCUUUUUCUUUCUUUCUCCGUUCCUUACUUCGCUGUUUUUCUGUCUUUUUUAAAAGAUUCCUCAUUUUUCCUAGUCCUUUCUUUCUUUCUUUCUUUCUUUCUUUCUUUCUUUCUUUCUUUCUUUCUUUUCCAAUCGAUUCCUUAUAUUUCUUUUUUUCUUUCCAUUCCUUUCUUUCCCUUUUCUUCCUUUCUUUCUUUCAUUUUUUCUUUCUUUUAUUUCUUUCCCUUUUCCUUUUAUUCUUUUUUCUUUCAUUUGUUUUUUCUUUCUUUCUUUCUUCCUUACUUUCUUUCUAUCAGUCUUUUUCAUUUUCUAUAUUUCUCACACUCACUUUUUCUCUCUCUCUUUUCUCUGAUUGUUUUUCAUUCUUUCCGCACUCACUUUCUCACAUUAUUUUCAUCUUUCUCUCUCACACACUCGCUUUCUCAUUCCCUAACUUUCUCUUUUUCUCUACACUCUGUUUCUCACUUUUUUCUCUCUCUUUUUCUAUUUGCUUCUCUCUCUCUCUCUUACAUUCUCUUUUUCACACACUCUCUCUUUUCUUCUAUGUCUUACUAUCUGCUUCUCUCUUUCCCUCCCUCUCAUUCUUUCUACCUUUCUGUCUUUCUUACACUCACUUUGUCUUUCUCUCUCUGUCUCUCUUUAAUUCUUUCUCACACUAUCUUUCUCACAUUAUUUUCAUCUUUCUCCCUUUCUCACACUCUUUCUCAUUCCCUAACAUUGUCUUUUUCUCACACUCUGUUUCUCACAUUCUUUCUCUCUGUCUAUUUCUCUUUCACCCUCUGUCUUAUUUUCUCUUUUUCUCACAAUCUCUCUUUCUCUCUAACUCUUUGUCACUAUCUUUCUUUCUCUUUCUCGCGCUCUCUUUCGGUUUCUCACACUUUAGAUCUCUCACUUUCUCUUUUCUUUUCUUUUUCUCACACGCUCACUCUCCUUCCCUUUCUAUCUCUCUUUGCCAUCUACUAUUUUUAUGAUUUAUUCUAUUUUUCCCAUUCUCUAUCUCUGUCUUUAAAUAUUAUGUUUCCUUUAUUCCGCUCAUUCUUUGUUUCUUUUCUAUUUUCCUCUCCAUCUCUCUCUUAUCUAAUGCCGAUGGCGGGAAAAAUCGUGACUUCAUCUGUCGCCGUUUUCUGUCUUUCAUUUUUAUUUUCAUUCUUUUUCUCAUUUCUCCUUUUUCGUUCCCCUUUCUAUCAUCGUUUUCUUUUUCUUCAUUCUUUUUGUCUGACAAUAUUUUUACUGAAUUCAAAUGAAGGUCGCUAUCAAGUUAUCUUUUUCUUUUUUUCUUUCUUUAUUGAUUGUUUCAUCACAUUAUUUUUCCUUUCUUUCUUUUUACUUUUUAUUUCUUAUUUCUUUCCUUUUUCUUUUCUUUAUUUUAUUAAUUGUUUUUUUACUUUGAUGGUACCUUUAUAUUUUAUUUUUCUAUUUGUCUUCCUUUUCCUUAUCUUCUCCUUUACUUUUCGUUUCACGUUUUCUGUCUCUUCUUUCUUUCUAUUUUUCAUCAUUUCUUCUUCCUUUCUUUACUUUCUUACUUGUAUCUUUCUUUUCUUUUUCUCUCUUUCUUUUAUGUUUUUCAUUUCUUUCUUUUUGUCUUCUUUGAUUCUCCCGUUUUUUGUUUUUUUAUUCUUUUCAUUCAAUUAUCUUUCAUUUCUUCAUUUUUCAUUUACAUUAUGUCUUACCUUCCGGAUGUUACAUGUUUAUCCAAUUUUCUUUUUCUUUCAUUUUCCUUCAUUCGUUUUUUUUCGUUUUUCGUUAACUAUUUUCUUCAAUCAUUCAUAUUUAAAUACUUCCUUCCUCAUUCUUUGGUUUGCUUUUUCAUUUGAUUUCUUCUUCGCUUCAAUAUUGUUUCCAUCUUUUUUCUUUCCAUUGUUUUUCCUUCAUUUCUUGUUUUUCUGUUGUUGUUUUUCAUCAUUCUUUACUUAUGAUCUUCAAGUGACAUUCGAAUUUCUUUUCUUUUACUUCUUUCUUAAUUUUUUCUUUCUUUUUCAUCUGCUUUUUCUUUCUUUUUUUUCCUAUUAG